AUGUGCAAGAGACAUAUUAGUGUUGAUGAAAUUAACGAGAUUGACGUGCGCAAAGCUAUCAAACGCCUAGCACCUAAAUUCACACAGGGCCCUGACGGGAUCUCUCAGUUUGCGGUCAAAGAUUGCUGCAAAGAGCGAAAUCCAACAAUCCCCAUACACAAACUAAUCUACCUCCUCUACCCAUACAACACGUUCCUGAGUAAGGAACACAUAAAAAACGUCCAAGGAGUUCUACAAAACCUCAAAAUCAACACUCAGCCAAAAUGGGACAUAAACUUGAAAGAAAUCGACUUCGCUGGCAGCCAAGCUGUAGUGAGCCUUGAUGUCAACGGCGACAAAAGUCAGUUUGCAGUGCCGUGCGGUGGAAGUAAAAGGGGUAGAGAAGAGAGAGGAGUGGUGAAGACGUCGUAUCAAAGUCAACUGUUGAAUGAACUGCUUUUGAGUCAUAGUGUUGGUGAUUUUUGUGUUGUUGGUCCAAAAGGCUGCGGUAAGAGCCUACUAAUCUCGCAACUUGCAUCCCUUCUCGGCUAUACAAUAGAGCCAAUAGUUCUUUACCAAGAUAUGACAGCUCGAGAUCUAUUACAACAACGGACGACGUUGGUUAGUGGAGACACAGUGUGGAAGAACUCUGCCUUGGUGGACGCCGCAUUGAAAGGACAUUUGGCUGUUCUGGACGGGUUGCACAGAAUACAUCCUAGUACCGUUGCUGUUUUACAUAGGUUAGUUCACGAUCGCGAAGUGCAACUUCACGACGGCACCCGACUGCUCCGUCACGACAGAUACGACGCGCUCCUCGCUUCUGGUCUCACUCAGGCUGAACUUGAAGACAGCGGUGUCAAGAGAAUUCAUCAUGCAUUCAGAAUAGUAGCGUUGGCUGAGCCGCCGACUUUAGGCCGAGGACAGCAGUGGUUGUCUCCAGAGAUACUGAGCCUUUUCAUCUUCCACGAGAUGAGGAAUUUGAGCAAGAAUGAGGAGAUAUUCAUCAUUAAUCAAUUGCACGGCGACAUAUCAAAUCCUCUCCAUUCAAUCAUCAAUUUAGCGGACCAAUUGCGAGCAUCAGAAGAUAAUACCCUUAAGAAUCUUUCAUCAUCGCUCUCCACGCGACAGCUCCUGCGAAUUGCCAGUAGAAUGGCAAAAUACCCCACUGACUCAGCCUAUGAAACAGUACAGAGGACUUUCUUAGCCAAAUUCUUACCUAAUUUAGCAAGGAGGGCACUAGAUGGCGCUAGUCAAAAACUGGGUAUCGAAAUUCCCACUCGAUUCGGAAUUUUCAGUCGAGAUCCUGAUGAAAAACCAGUUAAAAUUUCAAUAAAAAACGGUGCACUUACCAUUGGAAACACCACGACCGAAAUAUUUAAAACCAAUGCCUUAACAAAAGUACCUGAUAUCCUGUUCUACGAUGUACCGCAACACGUGAGAUUAUUAGAAUGGUUAUUACAGGACUUCCUGCUCGGAAACCAUUUAUUAUUAGUCGGAAAUCAAGGAGUGGGAAAGAAUAAGAUAGCUGAUCGCUUAUUGCAGCUGUUAAACAGGCCUAGGGAGUAUAUACAACUGCAUAGAGACACCACAGUCCAAUCUUUGACAGUACAACCGACUGUAAGAGACGGCGUGGUCAUAUAUGAAGAUUCCCCGUUAGUGAAAGCUGUUAAACUCGGCCAUAUUUUAGUGGUUGACGAAGCAGAUAAGGCCCCUACUCACGUGACGUGUAUUUUGAAAACGUUAGUAGAAAACGGAGAAAUGAUUCUGAGCGACGGUAGAAGAAUUGUGCCAAAGGAUUUGUUGGAAAGUUCUGGCGGCGAUAUAUCUAGCUUUAUUCCGGUACAUGAUGAUUUCAGAAUGAUUGUUUUGGCUAACAGACCUGGGUUCCCGUUUUUGGGUAAUGAUUUUUUCGCCGCUUUGGGCGAUUUAUUCUCCUGUCAUGCAGUGGACAAUCCCUCAAUAGACUCGGAAAUGGAGCUCCUUCGUUCAUAUGGGCCGGACGUGCCACAUGACGUCAUGAAGAAACUUGUUAAGGCGUUCGCCACGUUACGUGACAUGGCUGACCAAGGACAAUUGACAUAUCCGUAUUCUACACGGGAACUUGUUAAUAUAAUUAAGCAUUUGCAGAAAUACCCCAUGGAAGACCUCGCAACAGCGAUUGGCAACGUAUUUGACUUUGAUCGCUAUAGCAAAGACAUGGCGGACAAGUUGUUAGAAGUCCUUCACGAAAGCGGACUGCCGACAGAGGGCGUGCUUGAGGGACGGUCCAAGGCCGCGCUUAAGAAAAUACAAAUGACCAUUGAUAGGCAUAGUGGUAAAGACGUAUCCUCUCCUAAACAUGGUAAAGAGGACGAUAAGCCUCACGUAGGAGGGAACACCUGGGCUGGCGGAACCGGAGGACGCGACACUGCCGGUCUUGGAGGGAAGGGAGGGCCCUAUAGACUCGACAAAGGUCAUGAUGUGCAUCAGCUUUCACAAGCUGAAAAAGACGACGUACCGGAGCACGUGAAGAAGGCAGCUCGGGAGAUGAAUAGAAAGGCGUUCGAAGAACGACUCAAGGAGAUACGCAUGAGCGAGUACGAUGCUAAGUUGUAUGAACAGUUUUACAGAGCUGUGCAGCCCCAGAUCGGUGCUUUAAGAGGCGUUUUGGCAGAGCUUCAGGCGAAAAAGAAAGAGCGGCAAUGGAGCCGACAUCAAACGAGUGGCGAGCUCGACGAUGGGAAGAUUAUUGAAGGUUUAACUGGUGAAAGAUCAAUAUACCGUCGUCGCACGGAACAAGAGCCACCACCAGGGUCUCCUCCUGAUAAACCGAAGAGACUUAGAUUGGUACUGGACGUUUCAGGCAGUAUGUAUAGGUUCAACUCAUACGAUGGUCGCUUGGAGCGCUCGAUGGAAGCAGUAGUCCUGUUAACAGAGGCUCUGAAAGGUUAUGAAGCGCGGAUACGCUACGACAUGUUCGCUCACUCUGGGGAAGACCAUGCGUUGGAGCUCGUGCGGGUUGACAGGCCACCAGAAAACGAGAAAGAACGGUUACAGGAGAAGGGUUCUCUACCGUGGGGUGACGUCACGCAGCUCCAGCCAAGUCAAAACUCCAAGAAAGUUGGUAGAAAAAGGUUUAUUGCCGUCAAUAACAAUUACACAUUAUAUGCGGAAGAUCCGGGCAGUUUUUCUAACAAGGGCCUCGACUCCUGGAAAUCGUUCCGAAACGAUGAGUUUCACUCUAUAUGA